UGGGAAUCAUGUCUCGAACAGAAGACCUAAGAUGAAGUAUUGUUGAUUGUUGACUUGUAUAAAGCUGGAAAUGGUUACGAAAGUAUCUCUAAAAGCCUUGGUGUUCAUCUAUCCAAGGAAAGUAUCACCAUGACGAUGUUGACCAUAUUUCUGCUUCUCAGCACUGCCUUUGCUCUUGGUGAUGCAAGGGAUCUGAAUGACACAGAGAAUCAAAUUAUUGAGAAUCUGAUACGCAACCUGCCAAUCGAGUCUGAGGAGAUGGGAGCGAAGGAGAAGCGGGAACUACAAACCAGGAGUUCAUCAUGCCCACUUGGUUGGCACAGAUAUGGGACACGCUGCUAUUACUACCUCCCCAUCUUGGCAAAUUGGCCAGAGGCAGAGCAUUACUGUUUGCUAUUGGGAGGUAACCUGGCGUCAGUACACAGCCUCUCUCAGUAUAACUUCCUUCAGUCAGUCAUCCAAAGUGGUGCCAACGGAGCCCAGCGCACCUGGAUUGGAGCCAACGAUGCCAUCAAGGGUCAUUGGCUGUGGAGCGAUGGGUCCAGGUUUAGCUACCAGAACUGGGGCAAGGGGCAACCCAGUAACCAUGAACAUGGUGCUGGGAGCGACAACACGAAUGGCCGUGAGCAUUGUAUGGAGAUGAUUGGAGUGUGGGACAUUCCAGGGCUCAUCUCAUUUGUGUCCUUGCUGUGA